CGCUAGGACAUUCCCCUGGAAUAAUCGAACACCACUGCCGAGAAUAACGAUGCCGACACAGAGAUUAAUCGAUACAGGCGAUUGGAGGACAUUCCUCGUGAAUCAUCUUACACCACCACCGACGAUAGACAUACAUAGAUUAUUGGAUGCAGGCUCAUGGACAUUUUCCGGGAAUUAUCGAACAGCACGACCGAGAAUAGAUACCGACACAGAUAUUAAUCGAUGGAGUCCUCUCAGUCUCUCGAAAGCGCAUAAAAAACUUAUAGCGCUUGGAUGCAUUGCGGGCAUUAUGUGUGUAGCAGGUGUUGUUAUAGGUGUUGACAGGAUUUUCAGUUCAUCACCGCCGUGUUCCUAG